AUGGUCCUUGGCUGCCUACUGCUCCUGGGGAUGGCUCUGCCCCUGGGCACAAGAGGCACCAAGGACCGUAUCUUCUACGAUCUGACCAAGUCCUUGACCUGCCCCGGCAACAACAAAGGCUGCAUGCUGUCCACUCCCUACGAGCACCCUGAAGAGCCCCUCACCUACCAGCUCAUCUCCACCUGCCACUAUGGUGAGCUGUGUAACAGGGCCCCGACCCCUGCAGGCAGCCUGAAGGCUGGGACCACCACAGGCUGGAUGCUGCGUGUGCUGCUGCUGCUUCAGUGA